GACAUGUGAUCGCAGCUGUCAGGAAACAGUUUUGAAAGAUUGGGAAAGGAUAGGAGUGAGCAGAGUGUGGGUGUCGCGUGUGUUUAUGAAUAUAUAGUGGAAGUUUGAACACAUUAACAAUGAUGUCAGAAAGAGAUUAUGCACCACUGAGUACAGCUUGUGUUAGAGCACUUAAUGACAAGUUGUACGACAAAAGAAAAGCAGCGGCUGUAGAAAUAGAGAAAAUGGUAAAAGAGUUUGCGUCACUAAAUAACACUACGCAAAUAAAACGACUGUUGAAGGUAUUGGGCCAGGAUUUUGCAAAUUCUCAAAAUGCACACACAAGAAAAGGUGGUUUAAUAGGUUUGGCUGCAAUUGCUGUAGCUCUAGGAAAGCAUGAUUGUGGUCUGUACACGAAAGAACUGGUGUAUCCAAUAUUGGCCUGCUUCACUGACUCAGAUCUGAGAGUGCGUUACUAUGCCUGUGAAUCAUUGUACAAUGUUGUCAAAGUGGCUCGAGGUUCAGUUCUUAUCCAUUUCUCUGACAUUUUUAGUGCUCUCAGUAAGCUAGCAGCUGAUCCAGACCAAAAUGUGAAGAAUGGAUCAGAACUGUUGGACAGACUUAUGAAGGAUAUUGUGACAGAAAGUGCCUCAUUCGACCUUGUAGCCUUUGUGCCUGUGUUAAGGGAUAUGAUGUACACAAAAAACACAUUUACGAGGCAGUUCGUUAUUUCUUGGGUGUCAGCUCUGUAUGCAGUUCCUGACAUUGAUCUCAUUCCAUUUUUACCAGAAAUAUUGGAUGGUUUAUUUCGAAUUUUGGAAGAUCCUACACAGGAAAUUAAAAAAAUGUGUGAUACAGCGCUAGGAGAAUUUUUACGAAGCAUCAAGCAUGAUCCUUCUAGGGUUGAUUUUGCUGCUAUGAUUAAUAUCUUGAUUACACAUGCACAAGCAACAGACGAGGUACUACAGUUUACGGCAAUUACAUGGAUAAAAGAGUUUGUCCAGUUAUCAGGAAGAAUGAUGCUCCCAUUUGCAUCAGGAAUUCUUACUUCCACAUUGCCCUGCUUAUCAUAUGAUAGUGAUUCAAGAAGAAACAUAAAGGAGACAUCAAAAGCUGUAAAUUUCAGCCUAAUGAAGCUCAUCUCUGAAUCAGUCAGUGCUGAAGUAACUAAUGAGCAACACAAGCAUUCUGCUUCAGGCACUGGUGGUGACAGUGAGGAUCAGCCUGAGAACCACAGAUCAGAUUUAGACUUGCCUUCUGUCCUUGAUGUUUUGAAGAAGCACUUAGUCCAUACGUGUGUUCCAACAAAGGUAGCUGCUCUGCGGUGGCUGGGUUUUCUCCACUCAGUGAUCCCGAGUAAGAUGUAUGGCCAUGUGGAUGAAUUAUUCCCAGACUUGUUAAGAACAUUAUCUGAUGCAUCAGAUGAAGUUGUGAAACAAGACUUGGAAGUAUUGGCCGGUGUUAUUUCACUGUCAAGAAGUGAGAAAACUGGGAACUCAGAAAAUGUGCCCAAAAACUCCAGUGAUACUACUCAUUUACACAAACCAUACUUUUCAAAGUUCUUGGUGAAUUUAUUGAAAUUGUUUAACGGUGACAGACACCUAUUAGAAGACAGAGGACCAUUCAUUAUUAGGCAGCUGUGUGUGUCAUUAAAUUCUGAAGAUGUAUAUCGAACAUUGUCAGAAAUUCUUCAACAUGAAGACAAUCUUAAAUUUGCUGCAAUUAUGGUGGAAAACCUGAAUACCAUUCUCCUGACAUCACCAGAAUUGUUUGAACUGAGAACAAAACUCAAGGAUGUAAAGUCUGAAGGAAGCUGUCAACUUUUCCGCUGUUUGUAUGAAUCAUGGUGUCACAAUCCAGUAGCGACAGUGGCAUUAUGUCUACUUACUCAAAACUACAGCCAUGCUUGCGACUUAAUACAUAAAUUUGGAAGUCUGGAAGUGACUGUGGAAUUUCUUACCGAGAUAGAUAAACUGGUGCAACUCAUAGAGUCCCCAAUUUUUACUUAUCUUCGCCUUGAACUGUUAGAAGUUCCUCCGAAACAACACCUAGUACAAGCUUUGUAUGGCUUGCUGAUGCUGUUACCACAGACUGAAGCUUUCCAUACGCUGAGACGAAGACUCGACUGUAUUCCAAGCCUUCACAUCCAGUGCAGUGAUAGAGCUCUUCAUGCCACGAAAGAAGAGUGUAAUAAACAUGAAAAGUUCUUGGACUUCAAGCAACUUUUGGAUCAUUUUAUAAAAAUUCAGGAUCAACAUAAAAAAAGCAAACAGGCUGCGCGUAAUGCUGCUUUAUUAGAGAAGAAAAUUGCAGGGCUGGAUACGUAGCACCGAAGUAGCUGUUAUUUACCAUCUGUGUGGUUAAUAAAAACAGUAUUGUAUCAAAGAAUGAUUAAUGAGACCCUGUGUAGUAUGCAAAUAAAAACUUUUUCCAGUUCAUUGAUACAGUGUUAUCUUAAGCAGUUGUUUUAUGCCAUAGGUAUGGUAUAAUUGCUCUAUUACUUUGUUAAAUUAUUUUGGCAUACUGUACAGCAAUGCAAAGGUCACACACAGAAAAUUUCAGCGGGUUAGCAGCUGUGAAACUUGGAAAAUGAAAGCAUCUUUCAUUGUACAUUCUGGAAUUUUUUUAUACUACCUUAAAGUUGCAGUUGUAAUCACAACAAAUUUUGUCCUCCUUCUUGCAACUGUUUGUGAUAAGAAACAAAUCCCUGAAGCUGCAUUACUCACUGUAUUUUGCUUGUGUAUCAUUGUCUAUUUUGUAUAGGAAACCUCUCAUGAAAUGAGUAUAUUGCAGCUGUUUAAUAAAUUGCUCUA